AUGUUGCAUACAUCACGUUACAAUAUUAAGACGGCUCAAAAACUAUAUAUCCCCAUCAGUUAUCAGGUGCGAUCAUUUUGGGAAUAUGUAAACAUGAUGUUUAAUAAACCAGAUACGGACCGCAUUAAAGAAUUUGGCCCAGACCGGGCUUGUGCUGAAUGGGUGCUUCGUAACGGAGGAAAGGUGGUUUGGUCUGAUGGACAGGCUUUAGCAGAUUAUAAUGCAUUACCAUCUGAAAGUUUGCAUUCAAAAAAACAAUUGAUUGCUAUAGAUGGGACAGAUUCAUCUAUUUCCCAUUACGGAUUCCCUCAUCUAAUUGGGUGCACCAUGUUAAGAAAAGUAAUCCUUCAUAAUAACAGUUAUAUUGAUGACAGGGCAUUGAAAGGACUGUCAUAUGGUAGUUCAACAUUAACUUAUGUACAAAUCUCCAAAUGUCUUAAUGUAACAGAUGAGGGAUUAAAAUCAUUGACAGCGCUAACCAAUCUUCAAACACUGAUCCUGUUUAGUCUUGAAAGUGUUUCAGAUCUCGAAGGGUGUAAACAAUUUUUGAAACAAAAAUUGACUACUUGUGAAAUUGGAGAUAAAAGCAAAAUAAAGGACAAGUAG